AUGUAUCGUCUUCUGAUACGACAACUUAAAGAAAUCGUGCAGAUAACCGACCGAUUCGAUGUAGAUUUUCUCAAAGGAGCAGACAUGGCGAAAAUCAAAGUGCUUAGCGAUGCUGAAAAUGGCUUAGCCGUUCUAGUAGCGGCCGAUGGUACGAUUGCUGCUGUUGGAAAAGAAGAAGAGGUGCGCGGAGUGCUCGGUGACCAUGGAGUCGAGAAGACGUUGGCAACGAAUGGAGGCAUCCUCCUUCCUGGAUUCGUCGACGGUCACUCACAUCCAGUUUUUGCUGGCGAUCGAGUUCAUGAAUUCGCAAUGAAGUUAGCUGGAGCAACCUACAUGGAGGUGCAAGCAGCAGGAGGUGGGAUCCACUUCACGACUUCAAAAACGAGAGAGGCUUCCGAGGAAUAUUUAUUGGAGGAGUUUAAAAAGAUUGCUCUCGUUAUGCUAAGAAAUGGUACGACCACUUUGGAAGCAAAGAGUGGUUAUGGAUUGGAUACGGAGAGUGAACUAAAGAUGCUACGUGUGUUGUCGCGUGUACCCGAAGAAACGUCAUUGGAGAUAUCGGCUACGUUCUGCGGAGCUCAUGCGGUCCCGAAAGGUUCGACCGAAGAGGAACAUGUGAAGCUGAUUUGUGAAGAAAUGUUACCAGCCAUAGAGAAGGCGAAAACUGCUGGUAAACUGAAGAAUCUGGAGAACAUUGAUGCUUUCUGCGAGAAGAACGUAAUCAGCGUGGAAAACACCAAAAAAAUCUUAGAAGCCGGCAAAAAGUUGGGCUUAGCCGUGAAUUUUCAUGCUGAGGAGUUGUCGUGCAUUGGAGGUGCAGAAAUGGGUGCAUCGAUAGCUGCUCGAGCAAUGUCACAUCUGGAGGAGAUCUCCGACGACGGUAUCAAAGCGAUGGCCGUAGUCGGCACAACCGCAGUACUUCUGCCAUCCACCGCCUUUAUUUUACGGCUAACCCCUCCACCAGCGAGGAAAAUGAUUGACAACGGAGUGAUUGUGGCUCUGGGUUCGGACUUCAACCCUAACGCCUACUGCCUAGCGAUGCCAAUGAUCAUGCACUUGGCUUGUGUAUACAUGCGAUUGAGUAUGGAAGAAGCGCUUACGGCUGCAACGCUGAACUCCGCCCAUUCUCUAGGAAGAGGGCGAACCCAUGGAGCAAUCACUGUAGGCAGAAAAGGCGACUUUGUUCUGUUGGAUUCGAGCGUUAGUUCGUGGAAGCACAUAAUCUACAGGAUGGCCGCUCAGGAUACGGUGAUUUCACACGUUGUGAAAGAGGGACGAGUUGUUCAUUCCUCAAAAUGA